AUGGGAGGCGAGUACCGUAUCCGAGUGUCAAUGAAGUUGUUGGUUUUCGUUCUGUGGUUGUGGAUGGGAAAUUCUGCCCUAACAGUGAAACAAGCAGAUCACCUGAAAGACAGGCUUAAAAGGUUGAAAACAAAGAUCGAGGGGGUCAACCUAAAAGUGGCCCAAACUGCUGGGACUUUGAACAACAUGGCGGAGAGAGGAUUCCCUAAGGUCCCGGAUGUUCCCACGGCAACCCCCGGAUCGGUCAGCAACAAUCAUCCAGGCUACACAGAACGAGAAGGGUCGUUCUACAAAGUCUUCCGGUACCAAACGGACCACGCCAGUGCACAGCAGACAUGUGAGGCAGACGGGGGCCGUUUGGCUGAUGUCAAGACGGAGGCUCUCAACAACUUCAUCGUAGAACUGAUUUCAGCAACAGGCAAUGCUGGUGACAAUAGCUACUGGAUCGGGCUGAACGACAAAGCUACUGAAGGCACAUAUAUGUGGGCAGACGGUUCCAGAUUGGCCAGUUGUGCCUUCAGCAACUGGGCACCGGGUGAACCAAAUAAUGGAAUAGGCAAUGAAAUAACCAUUGGACAAGACUGCAUUCAGUUGUGGCGAGAUUAUAACUACAAGUGGGACGAUGACCACUGCUGGCUUGAGAAACAUUUCAUUUGCCAAAUAGAAUCAUGCCAGGAGGGCAAUGGGGCAACCUACCGAGGGUCAGUCUCUAUGACCGCAACAGGCAAGACAUGUCAACGCUGGGACAGUCAGACACCUCAUGGACACGACAGGACACCCGCUAAUUAUCCUUCAGCAGGACUGGAGCAGAACUACUGCCGGAAUCCGGACGGCUGGUAUAGACUUUGGUGCUACACCACGGAUCCCUACACCAGAUGGGAGCUGUGUGAUGUGCCAUUCUGUAGCGUUACAAAGAAAUGGCGCGACGAUCUCCUCUGUGGAGACACAUACACUACAGCAGACGGGAGGACCGCUGAGUGUGACCCUGACGGUAUCUACCCGUGCUGCUCACCGGGCCACUGGUGUGGGAACACGGCAGAUCACUGUGACUGUGCGGGUUGUAUCGACUACCGGAACACAGGUGAGACCAGUCAAGACUUGGACAGUCAGACACCCCAUGAAGAUUCCGAACAGAUUGUGGAGAAAUUGCGAGAGAAACCGAAAAGAAGCGGAAACAACAAAAUGGGAACGAAAAAUGGCAAAUCUAAGAAACACAACAGAGCUUGAAAAGAAACACAAAGGAGCAAAAAUGAACGUAAAAGAGCGAAAUAGAACGAAAUAUAAAUAACGUAGCAUUACUCUAUAACUGUUCUUCCAACAGAAAAAAUAACUUAAGUUAGUAGGAAUAUACACAGUUGCAACUCCAAAUGUCUGCACAAUUUUGACAUCGCAAUAGCAACAAUAUCCAGUAAUUGCACAGUAGUUCACCAGUAGACUACAAUAACAUGCAAACAUCUUACAUGAAAUACACAACAACUCAUGAUAAUGACUGAAAAUAAUAAAGUUUCCAACCAAUUACAGUUUUGUGA